AUGCUUCUCGCCGAGGAUCCAGCUACGCUCAUCCACCACACCAUCGACAACUUCAACAUCCAGCCCGACAAGCUCGCCGUCGGGCGCAUCGGCGAAUCGCUCUCGACGCUGCAGCAGGCGCGCGAGCUGCACGUCCGCGACUCCGACUCUACGCUCAAGAAGCUCUCGCGGCAGCUCAACACCAUCAACGCGCAGCACGGCGAGCUCGUUUCGUCGCACUCCUUUUCCGAUCACGCAUCGACCAUUUCGCGCCUCGACACGCACAAGUUCCGCGUCGCAAAGGCGGCGUCCGACGCCGAGAUGGAGGCCGAGCGGUUGGCGCAGCAGGCGGCCGAUUUGGCGGCGCGGCUGCAGGAGCUGGAGCUGCAGGGCGUGGAGGGGUCCGAGGAGAGCCGGAGGCGAGAUCCUGUGGACGACGAGGUGCUGCUACGACUUAAAGUGUAUCGCAGCUUGGGGAUUGAGAUUGAGAGGGAUGAAAAGGAUGGCGAGUGGGCGCGGGCGGUGAUUCGGAAUGAUAGGAAGGGGGAUGUGCAUGUGGUGAAUAUGGACAAGAAGUUUUCGCGGUACUUUUACGCGAAUUACUUUUGGCAGGCAAUCUGAUGAAUGGAUGGGAUAUGAGUUUUUGGGGGGUUUUAUUGGCUGCUUGCUUUUGGUUGGAAUUUUUGGGUUUGGGAAGAUACCACUACGAGGGAGUUGGAAAUUGGUUUGUGUUUUUGAGCAUGCGGCGUUUGAGGGCAGUUGGAGGCAUUUGUUGGAAACGAUGGCUACGCUUGGGACUUGAAAAUAAUCAAGUGUAUAUCAAAUGGAGUAUACCAAUGUCCAUCUUGAUUGAGCAAAUUGCUAUAAGGGAGAGAAGUAAAAGAGGCAAAAAUCACAGUAUAAAUGUACAAAUUUGCAAACUGCAGGCUCAUGAUCCUUUUGCUUAUAAAACGCCAAGUCCAGUAUCCCCCUCCGUGUCGUUGCGCCAUGGUACUCGAUCCGAGUACAAAAUCAUCAUCAAUCCAAACUGUUCCAUCAAGGACACAAAAAAAGGAAAGAAGAGCUAGAUGGCAUGAAAGCCAUCCACAAUCUGGCAAGUUUUCAGGUCCUCAACCAUUCCACGACUCAUAUUCAUCAUUAUCAUCACCAAGAUGGAUAACUCGCACGCCUGUUUUCUCCUCACAGCACCGAAAACAACGUCAAGAAAGGUUUCUCUUGACUGCUUUCGAGUAUGUCAUCAAAGGGAAAUACCCAUCGCUGUGGUUGUUUGCGCCCGACCCAAGACGCGGCGCUGCCGACGGUGCCCGCACCCUGGAGCUGUUUGGAGACGGCGUCGUCAGGAGCAUCUUGUCGGGGCUCCGGGUGCGGCCCUUCAUCAUGAGGAAGCCGCUCCCGCUCUCGGCCGCCGUGCUGGUCGGGCCGCCGGACGCGGUGCGCCGGUGAUGCCGGUCGUGCGAGCGGUCGUGCAGCAGCUCGGAGCGCGAGUUGAUGGUGGUCCAGGCAGCGUCGUUGUCGUCGUCGUCGCCGAGGCGCCAG